UAUCGCAUAAUUUUUACGCUAGCUCUUCAAGUCAAGUACUCACUCCGCACAGCCAAAACAUGUUUUGCUCUGAAGAAACUGCAACUGCUUCCGAGGGCUUAGAUGCAAACAAAGAUAUAAUGGCCAAGUUAGAUUUAAUUUUGGAAAAGCAAUUGAACUUGGAAAGUCGCCUGGACAAAUUGGAAGAAAACAUAAUUAAUAAAACUGAUGUCAUGGCCCACCACAAAAUCGUGCGAGAGACGAAAGUCCUAGUAAAAAAGGUGCAGCAGACAGUGUGCCGCAUCUCGGGAGAAAGUUGCGAAGACUUUCACACCGAACUGGCAGUUCUUAUGCCAAUGCAGACCUUGGAUGCGGUCUUUGAUUUGGAGGAGAAGAUAUUAGAAAAAAAUUAUGAAGAUGCAGUUAUAACAUAUCUUUUCACUUUAAAGGGCACUUCUGGGGAUAUUGGCGAAGUUAUGAAGCGAGUUUUUAGCGACGAAGUCCUCAGUUUGUUCAAUUGGGAUGGGAGGUGCGGGAAGAAAUCGCUUUCAGAAUUAAAAAUAGUUAGCGUGGCUCUAUUUGAAAUUUUCAAACUGCAUGAACGCAUCGACUUCGAAAAGGAAGUCCUAAAGAGCGUUGAGCAAAGCCACAACAGGCAAAAGCAAAAACGCUAUUUGCUGAACAAAAAAAACUUAUAA